UUUGUGGUUAUGGAUUAACUUGCGCUCCUGGCUGUCAUGGCGGCAGUCCUUGCGGUGUCUCCACGGCCCACCCCAACAGGUGCCAGGAUGUGGCAGCUUGGAAGCCUCUUCCUGCUCUCGACCAUCUGGGGAAUUUCCAGCACACCAGCUCCUCCUGACUCCGUGUUCUCCAGCAGCCAGAAUGCCCACCAGGUACUGCGGAUCCGCAAACGCGCCAACAGCUUCCUGGAGGAGCUCCGGCCCGGCAGCCUGGAGCGGGAGUGCAAGGAGGAGAUCUGUGAUUUUGAGGAGGUGUGGGAGAUUUUCCAAGACAUGAAAGAAACGAUGACCUUCUGGUCCAAGUACUACGACGGGGACCAGUGCGAGGCCCCGCCCCCGGAGCACCAGUGCGACAGCCCGUGCUGCGGGCACGGCACGUGCAUCGACGGCCUGGGAGGCUUCCGCUGCGACUGCGCGCGGGGCUGGGAGGGCCUCUUCUGCAGACACGAGGUGCGCUUCUUCAACUGCUCGGCGAACAACGGCGGCUGCUCGCACUACUGCCUGGAGGGGGAUGGCGGGCGCCGCUGCAGCUGCGCGCCCGGCUACCGGCUGGGGGACGACCACCGGCGGUGCGAGCCCCAGGUGACAUUCCCCUGUGGGAGGUCAGGGAAGCGGAUAGAGAAGAAACGCAAGAACGUGAAACGUGACACGGACCAAGGAGACCGAGAAAAUCAAGAAGACCAAGGAGACCAAGAAAAGAAAGGAGACCAAGAAAACAAAGGAGACCAAGAAAACCAAGGAGACCAAGUAAACCAAGGAGACCAAGAAAACAAAGGAGACCAAGAAAACCAAGGAGACCAAAAAAACCAAGGAGACCAAAAAAACCAAGGAGACCAAGUAAACCAAGGAGACCAAGUAAACCAAGGAGACCAAAAAAACCAAGGAGACCAAAAAAACCAAGGAGACCAAGUAAACCAAGGAGACCAAGUAAACCAAGGAGACCAAAAAAACCAAGGAGACCAAAAAAACCAAGGAGACCAAGUAAACAAAGGAGACCAAAAAAAUGAAGGAGACCAGAGAGACCAAGGAGACCAAGUGGAUCCGCGGCUCAUCAAUGGGAAGUUGACCGGAUGGGGAGAAAGCCCCUGGCAGGUGAUCCUGCUGGACUCGAAAAAGAAGCUGGCGUGUGGGGCGGUGCUCAUCCACACCUCCUGGGUGCUGACGGCGGCCCACUGCUUCGACGACCCCAAGAAGCUCACCGUCAGGCUGGGGGAGUAUGACCUGCGGCGCUGGGAGAACUCGGAGGUGGACGUGGACAUCAAAGAGAUCGUCCUGCACCCCAACUAUACCAAGAGCACCAGUGACAACGACAUCGCCCUGCUCCGCCUGGCCCGGCCCGCCACUCUCUCGCCGACCAUUGUGCCCAUCUGCCUCCCGGACAGUGGCCUCUCAGAGCGCGAGCUCACCCAGGCCGGCCAGGAGACCAUGGUGACGGGCUGGGGCUACCGCAGCGAGGCCAAGAGAAACCGCACCUUCAUCCUCAACUUCAUCAAGGUCCCCCUGGCCUCGCACAGCGACUGCGUCCAGACCAUGCAGAACGAGAUCUCCGAGAACAUGCUGUGCGCGGGCAUUCUCGGGGACACGCGGGAUGCCUGCGGAGGGGACAGCGGGGGGCCUAUGGUCGCCUCCUUCCGGGGCACCUGGUUCCUGGUGGGCCUGGUGAGCUGGGGGGAGGGCUGUGGGCGCCCCGACAAAUACGGCGUUUACACCAAAGUCAGCCGUUACCUUGACUGGAUCCAUAGCCACAUUGGAGCUGAGGAGGCCCCCCUCAAGAGCCAGGUGGUGCCUUAGCAUCCCUCCCACGUGUGUCUGGACCCCAGGAGCCACCCUGGGGUGAGGGUGGGUUGUUGAAUGGCAGCCUGUGGGACAUUAAAGGGGGCAUGGAACAAGCA